GUCAGAGAUCGAAUUGGACGAGGGUACUUCGAGCACUGCUGCCAGGCGUGAGCAACUAUCCAGGAAACCAUCUGCGGUGGAGCGUCGCCGUGAUAAAUGGGUCGUCCCCAGGAAGUUUGCGGUAUCGUCCCUGAAACGACAAGAUCCCAGACCAGCGGAAUUUGAAUCUGUGGGGGCAGGUCAGACUACGAUCACACCGUCGUUAUUCCAACAGUCUUUAUCCGCCCUCAAUAGAUCUUAUCGCCAUGCGCAUAUGCCAAGGAGGUUAAAACAGAGUCUAACUCUGGAUCGUUUCCUAUCGACUACAAACUCAUCUCCGGCAGCUUUGAAAAGUGCGCCACAGCGUCCUGCAGCGGAGAUCAGUGUCAAUGAGCCCCCCAGGCCUCGGCCACACGUACAGCGGCAGGUGAGGAAGCGACAGCCGAAGCGAAUUGAUGCACAUACUGCUGAGCAUCAGCAGGCUCAAGUCCUCACAUUAGACGAUUUUGACAAUGUAUCGAGCGUGUCAGCAGAGCACCCGAAACCGUCCACAUCUGUCUCCAGGGGACUGGGUAUAUUGAAGCCAACAUAUUCUGUCGAUUUCAAUAUUGCUCCCUUGCAGCCAGGAACAUACUUCCACGAUUCGACGUUUAUCGGAAGUGGAAACUUCUCUCGUUCACUCGAUAUUCAAGUCCGCAACCUUGACGAUGAGGGAGGCCAUUACUUGGCCCAGAUCGAUGAACGCAGCUACCGGUGGGGUGCAUGGAAUGAUACCGUAUCAUCAGAGCUUUGCCUCGUGUUUGAUAACAUCAUGGACGAAAUAGAGAAGGACAAUGCGAGUGCGCCCGAUGGAGGGCCAUUCACGAGAAGCCGCAAAGUCGAGCAGUUUUAUCGUUCAGUUGUUGAGUAUGUCACUGAGAAAUUAUGGUUCCUCGAUCCGGUUGAUAGAGUUGCCUUCGUGGAUAGAUGUGUGGACUUGAUUUCCAAGCUCAAUGAGCAGAUCACGACGUUUGUCCCCGUCUCGCCAAAUAGUCGUCGUUCCUGCCUGUGGGCUGCCACUUUCAACGUUGUCUUCGCCAGCCAAGUUCUGCAGAUUGCUUCCCAUGAUGUGGUCUCUCCGUCUACAACUGAUCGAGCUCGGACUGUUCUGAAAGGGGUACUAAAGCAAGUGACGGGAUUAAUCUUCAGUCAGCAAGGACUAGCAGAUAUUCGCUCCUUUUUGGAAGAGAAUAGGGCCCAGGAACAACGGGAAACAGGAAUCCGCGACGAAUAUCCUGCUGUCAGCGCCUACAUCGUCUCGCGUCAUAUCAUAGACAGCAAGCCUUUUUCGAAUGACAAUUUCGAGGCGCCCUUUGUCACUGAAUACUUGUCAGCUUACUUGACCGACAACGAAAGGACAAAAGACGUCAAUUCACUCGAGUGGGUCUGGCGUUCGCUGUUUACAACUCUUCCCCUCGACGAAAUCGAUCAAAUUGGGAUCUCCCAGGUCGGCUCACGGUUUAGACGACCGAAAGCUAAUUGGUCCCUGAUUAAAUCUCUUAUGCUGGAGGUACUGGAUAAAUAUGACGUUGAAUCUGAAAAGCAGCCUGUUUCUCUAAAUAACUACUGUCGGGUGCUCUUUCAUCGAUGUUUCCACCUGAUCAACAGUUGGGGCUGGCGGGAUUGCAAACUAAUCUUAGAUGCCUUGUUCGAUUUCUUCGCCAAAAAUACACUUCAUAACUUGAAGAAUGAAGAAAGCUUUGGAUCACCAUCCUUUCUUGACGAACUUGAGACUGACCCGUCUUUGGAAGUCCUCCCGGGUGAUCCCUGCUUCCAUAUCUUCUUGAAGAUCGUUGGCAGUGGGCUACGUUUCAUGUCGCAGAUACAUGAGAAGAAAAGGAUCAGAAAUUUCGCCUGGCGUCUGCUACCAAAUCACGGUCGCGUUUAUCCGAAAGAUAAGCCGCUACAUCAUGAGGAUCUAGAUGCAUUGAGGAACCACCACGACCUACUCUGCACACUCUUCUUCGCUGUUCCAGACGGAUGUCGACCUCGACUUGAAACAAUACGUAACCUGGUCGAUCCGGCCAACUCCCACCGGGAGACGUGUAGCAUGAGUCUCCGCUCAUGGGCCAGGCUCGUCCGGUUCAAGCUGUCGACUGACGAGGACUUGACCGCGCUAGACCAAUUUGCUGAAUGGCACGGAUAUUUCGUGACGGAAUUGGUGAAGCAACAUGCGCUUGCUAGGUCUGAAGUGGAAGCUCAGAGUGAGACUGCAGACAUGCGAUUCUCUAAGCAAAUAGUCGAAUCCACGAUAUCUCAGAAUCAGAAACAGAUUGAAUCGCUUCUCAGCACUGCCCUCAGUGGCAUGAAUAAUGCGCUCGGUAUCGCGCCAUCGUUGGAACAUGCCCGGAUGCUUAUUUCAAAAUUACCCCUUCAGAAAUUAUUCGGUCUAUUCAACCCGAAGCAAUCGCGCGUUAACAAGACUGUAUCGGAAACACUUGAGAUCUUAAUCAGUUACACCUGGAAAGACGAAUCCCUCGCCUCACGACCUGCCACAGUCAGCGCCAAUGAGGAUAGCCAGGAAUACGGCGAUUGGACGGGAAUUGAAGAGAUGUGCGUGGACGGCUCAGAUCAACCGGAUUCUGCCGUUGAACAUGUCGACGCUGUUUUCCACCCAGCUGUAUCUCGUCUUGUUUCCAAUUGCUUUGGUGAGGAUUACUGCCCGGAGGAUGCAAUUCUGCUAAAGGUUGUGGACUGCUGGACUGGUAUUUUGCAUAUGCUUGUCAAGCAUCGUCUUCGCUAUUGGGAUUCCUGCAUGAGCCCAUAUGGUGCAGACUCCUGGACGGCACUCCGUAGUACUGUACAGACACGGAAGUUCACUCCAUACUUCUUGGCGAAGUGCAUCGAGAGAGACUCGGAAUUCUAUACUGAGUGCAAGCAUCAGAUUCUCGGCAUGUGGAUUUCGUCCCUGGUGGAACGAUCCUCCAUGUUGAAGUUUCAACAUUAUCUGACCGAAGUAUUGCUAAAUCAAGCUCCUGAUACCCCUUUACUCGGCAACCUACCAUUCUCUAGAGGCCUCAGCAGUGAUCGAUACCGUAUCACACUGGAGGAAUUUGGGGAGCGGAGGCUAUCGCUGAUUUCAAGCUUAUUGUCGAACAUGCGAGAGCACUUACAACUCCUUGAGGAUGUUGGAGAUCGGGAAUUAAGCAGUACGCGUGACCACUACCGCGAUCUCAUCGAAAACCUCAUGGCAUCAAUGAAAGCCAACUAUCUAGAGCUUGGGAACAAUGCAGAGGCAGCCCAAGGCGCUUAUGUGACUUUUGUUCACAGCGUCGUGGGCUUCUUGCAGCAACAUGCUCCAGGUAUCUGUGCGGUAGACAAGUUCUUCACUGAGCCCACGUCAUUCCCUCUGCCUGCAACGGACCCGACAUACAUUGUGGCGAGACUCAAGAGUUACGGUCUGAGACUCUCUACAGGGAAGGCAGCCAAGCCUCUUGUUGUGUUUAUUCAAAGCGUCUCUGAACGGGCGGUCUUGGACGGCCAACAAGAGUACUUAGUGGACCAAUUGUACGCAUCGAUGGGCGACGUCUAUGAAAGUGGAAAUACCGGUCGACCUACUUUGCGUGCGUUUCUGUUCCGGAGUGUAUUCCCUGCUUACAUCGAAAGUGCCUUCAGCGAUCUUUGUGGCUGGAUUCUGGCUGGUCCUAUCUUACAGGCAGUUGCCCGUGCUUUUACCGACAUGCUACUGUAUGUGGAUACAACAGACCCGGAUUGCGUCUCCUCGGUGACGGAGAUCUUCUGCACUAUCUUCGAGUCAUCAUAUCGCGCUCUACACCUCCUUGUCGACCAUGCCGGAAUGAUCGAAGAGCCUACGGUCUUGGUCACUACAGCCUGCUUCUUUGAGAUGAUCACGGCCGCAUUGCCGGUGAUUGAUUAUAUCGAUCGAAACACCGAGUCUGGGGAACUGCUCGUGAGGCAGCUCCAAGUUUUCAGACAGAUUGCGCUGUUUGCAGCUACUUCCUUGCUGGAUCCGGGUAUGGCGGUUGAUCCCGACUCUCUCGAUGGUCGUUUCGACGCUUUCUCCGGGAGACAUCCGCGGUCAACAGCUACUCCCCGUAUCUUCCAUGAAGCUCGUGCCUUCGCUGCUCGAGAGCUGCAGACGGCACUUCGGACCAACUGGUCAAGGCAUAAGGGCAAAUACUUCACUCGCCGAGGCCAGCAACUCAAAGAAGUCCAGAUCGAUUUAUUACAAAGACCAGACUCCGCCCAAAUCGCUAAAGCAAAAUUCAUCGAUUCUAUCGAAGUACUCUUCGGCACGAUGCAGCAUCUUCACCUCCUCCAUGAAGAUGAGUCAAUCCGACCAGAGUGAGGGAACAGCUAGUAUCUAGGUAUUUCGUCUCGGCUUGUUCAUUUUCAUGACUUUUGUCGGUCAUGUAACGAUUUUGUUUUAACCAUAGCCACAUAUGCAUUCUGGGAGUUGGAAUCAGCUUCUUUCAUCUGCUUUCCCUUUGUUUUGGCAUACCAGAAGUGGGGAAGUUUGUAUUCCAAUCAUCUGUCGAAGGAUUACAGUACGGCAUGGUGUUAGCCACUGUUAAUAUACCUAUAUAGAUUAUACCAUGUCUGCUCUUCGAUCUCAUACUAUCCGAUCCAAUACCAUCUUGUUUGUCC